GCAUGUUCACUUUUGACAGAUUCUUUUAAGAUUGUUUGUCCCUCCUGUCAUACUCUUCUUUUCUGAAAAGAACAAAAAGAUACCCCGUCCGGAGUUUGUUUCUCGCCCUUUCAAUUGCCCCGGAUUAUUACAUUCUUCAAUUCAAUCCAUUGCUUCUUCUCUCCGUGCCCCUCCAUCUCUCGACUUUAUCAGUUAACCCCUCUAAUCUCCUCCCCCCGCCCACCAUGUCUUUCUUCAUUGAAAACCCUAAUGUAGGGGAUGCGCAACAUUUGGAAGACUCGAGAAUUCGAGGAUACAACCCCCUGACCCCUCCUAACCUCCUCCAACAUGAGAUUGCCAUGACAGAGAGCUCCAAACUGACGGUCUUGCAAGGCCGUCAGGAGGCGAGUGCAGUCGUGCAUGGCACCGACACCGACCGGCGCCGUCUGCUGGUUGUUGUGGGACCAUGCUCGAUUCACGACCCCGACAUGGCUCUUGAAUACUGCGACCGUCUGAUGAAAUUGAAGGAGAAAUAUCAGGAUGAGCUUUUGAUUGUUAUGCGCGCCUACCUGGAGAAGCCUCGUACCACCGUUGGCUGGAAGGGGCUCAUUAACGACCCCGAUAUCGACAACAGCUUCAAGAUCAACAAGGGUCUCCGCACCUCUCGCCAACUAUUCGUUGACCUGACCAACAAGGGCAUGCCCAUCGCCAGUGAGAUGCUGGAUACCAUCUCUCCACAGUUCCUGGCUGACUGUCUUUCCGUUGGUGCGGUUGGCGCGCGUACGACCGAGUCGCAGGUCCACCGCGAGUUGGCCUCUGGUCUUUCCUUCCCCGUUGGAUUCAAGAACGGCACCGAUGGUUCUCUGGACGUUGCAGUCGAUGCCAUUGGCUCGGUCAAGCACCCCCAUCACUUCCUCUCCGUCACCAAGCCUGGUGUCGUCUCUAUUGUCGGCACCGUCGGCAACCCCGACUGCUUCGUCAUCCUCCGUGGUGGAAAGAAGGGCCCUAACUUCGAUGCUGAGAGCAUUGCGGAGGCCAAGUCCAAGCUUACUGCGCAGGGCAUGCAGCCUCGUCUCAUGGUGGACUGCAGCCACGGUAACUCGCAGAAGAAUCACAAGAACCAGCCCAAGGUGGCCGCUGUGCUCGCUGAGCAGAUCGCUGCGGGUGAGACUGCUAUCAUGGGUGUCAUGAUUGAGAGUAACAUCAACGAAGGAAACCAGAAGGUCCCCCCUGAGGGCAAGGCCGGCCUCAAGUACGGUGUCAGUAUCACCGAUGCUUGCAUCAACUGGGAGGACACAGAGGCCGUGCUCGAGAACCUCGCUCAGGCGGUCCGUACCCGGAAAGAGAAAUUGGCAGUCAAUGGCGACGCCAACUAAAUCUAUGACCAUUUUAAUAAGUUCGACUUAAUUUCUUCUGCCGCUCGAUUGACCGGGCAGAGCUUUUAUACUGGGCCAUGUUUUUCCGGUGUUGAAAAAUGGGAUGGGCUAUGCUAGCGUUCUGUGAAUAAAAGUACGACUGGGUUUCUAAGACAUGGGAUACAUUGAUAUGACAUUGAACAUUCUUCCAUCGUAAUUGACCAUUGGCUCCACAUUAUUAAGCAUAGGAAUAUCCAAGAAUCCCGGAGGCUGAUUCCCCAAGAUUAAGAUAGAUCAGACUAGCUAAUUUAACCCUGUCGAGGCCGG